UAGUAGCGUCGUUUCGUGAUUAUGGCGCAUAGAACAUUGAUUUUUAUAUACCUGAGGCCGUAGGCCUCAGGUCUAUAAAAAAUCAACAUUCUAGGGGGCAAAAGCUUUUCUUCUCGCCCCCCCCCCCGCCGCCCACCCCGGACCCCAUUUUCCAUGAUUGGAGAACUGUAUACUAUGGGAUGAAGAAAAACAAAUCCCCCUAUCAUGGAAAAUGGGGUCCGGGGUGGGCGCGGGGGGGGGGAGGGCAGGGCUGGGGAAGGGCAGGGUUAGGGAAGAGCAGGGUUAGGGAAGGGCAGGGUUAGGGAAACGCCUUUGCCCCUUAGAAAAUUUGACAUUCACGUGCCUGAGGCCUUCGGCCUCAGGCAGGCGAGUGUCAAUUUUCUAUGCGCCAUUUGGAUUGGGAUUGGGUAAAGCUUUUGCCACUUAGAAAAUUGAUUCUUAGAUGCCUGAGGCCUACGGCCUCAGGCAUGAAGAAUCAAUGUUCUAUGCGCCAUAAUGAUAGCAGAAAAGUCUCUUCUCGUCCAGAGAGUAGCAUCGUGAAGAGAGUGCUGAAGAGUCGCAAACUGCUUAUCUAGUAAUCAAAUUAUCUAGCAUUCAGACUUUGCAUCAUCUAUCUUUGAUCUCGUUGGGACUUGAAUUGCAUUCAGACUUUGCAUUAUCUACCUUUCAGACUUGUUUUGCAUUCAGACUUUCCAUCGUCUAGCUUUGCUCUCGUUUAGAUAUCUUCUUUCUUGAAGAAUUUUGUUACUCUCGUUAUCAUUAUCACUAUGGUAGAAGAGCAGCAGAAGUCUUCCGAUGAGGAAGAGUCUCCUGAAGCAGUUCUCAAAAUCCUUUGCGAUUACGAACGCGAUCGCAACAAGGAUAUGACCCAUCAAGAAGAGGAAACUUUCAAGGUGGUCUUGCGGCAAUGCUUCAAGUUGCGGAACGGUGAACCGCCUGCGAAUCCUUUGCAAGAAAGAGGGAAGGAGGUGAAGUACAACAUGCUCUAUCGCUUCUUUGUUUUGGAUUUCUUAGCGAAUAGUCUCGUCGGAAGUCGAGGGCAAGCAAAGAGCGUCUGCAAGGUCUGUUGGGACAUCAUCUUGGAGUGCUCUCUGGUGCAUAAAAAAGCUGAGGCUCUUUUUGCUGCAGAGACUAUGGAGGCUGAUCCGACGACGGGGCUCGUGGUGGUUAGUGGGGAAUUUCGAACGAGGCUAGCGACUUUCGUUGAUGAAUUCGUAAAAGAAACUCAGGCAGGAAUUCAGCUUGGGAUCCAGCCAGUUGCAGCAGCAGCUCCAGAAUGUCCAUCGUCUUUUGCAGUUGCAGAAUUGGACUCGAGUGUCGACGUCGCUGGGGUUUCUGCUGCUGGAGCUAUAAGUACAGAAGAACGGACUAAAGCUGACGAUGCUACUCUUAGUUCGGCCGUUCAAGUGAAAGGGGAACCCUGCUCAUCAGAAGGCGAACUCCUGCUGAGUAUUUCGCAGCGUGCGCCAGUGACUAGCGAAGUCGAUGUGGUGGGAGUGGAGCGGUCCACAAGCGAGAAAAAAAUUGGAGAUCAACAGCUGGCUGUAGCUGUUGCGCAAGAUGUGAUCUCUACAGGGAAUGCAAUCGAUCACGAGUUUCUUGUUGACCAUGCGAGACGGCAGCAACUCAAAGAACUUUUCCAGUCGCAGGCGAUGUCUAUGAAGAAUAGAGUUCCGUUGAAGCCUAGGAAUUUGCCAAAAGCAGAAUCAUCGAAACAGGAACCAGAUGAAGCUGAACUUCCUACAUCAGAAGGCGGCCUGUGUGGUAAAGAAAAAAGUGCUGCUGUUGCUGUCGUCGUCGAGACUGGGACGCAGACGCAGGAAGACUUGAGUUUGAAGCGUCCUUCGAUCGCUCACGAGACUAGUGAUAUGGACUGGGAGCGUGUGUAUGCGUCUUUGACGAAUGAUUCGUGGACGCCGAAACAGCGCGCGUGCAUUUUGCAGCUGAUGACUGCGUGUGAGCCUACGAGUACCAAAGUGUCUGGAAUGAAAAGGCGAUUUCUAGAAGCUACGCGCAGCUUGAAGCCGAAGGCUGAUGUGAACAGUGGCUCAGUGGUAGCAUUUUAUCUUUUAGCUCCGUUUCGUAUUCCUUCAUCUAAUUUUUUGUCAAACGAGAUUGUUGCGUUUUUUAUGCAAUGGCGUUUCUUCCUUGUAGUCUUCCAGUAAUUUCCUUAGGUGACGAACGCUGCAGCAGCGAGUGCAUGCGCAUCAAUUGUGAACCCUUUUCGGCGCCAGGGUUCCGCGCAGGCGCAACAAAACGAUCAUGCAAAUAUGACGUCAGCUUCUUCAGCUGUACCUGUGCCGCCUGCAGUGCAGAUGCAACAGCAAAAUAAUCAAGGUUAUAGCUUUGGAAACGCAGUUCCAUUUGUUCCGCUUAAGCCAGAUCUGCAGCAGCAAAAUACACAGCACCAAGGGCACAACAUUGCGAAAGCAGCUCCUUUUGCUUCAACAAGUCGACCGAUGCAGCAGCAACUGAACGGAUUUGGAUUUGGCAACGGUACAGGACAACCUAGCCCAGCGAUGCAGGAGCAGCUGUGGGAAGCUUCCCGGAGAGUAGUAGUCGCAUCGAAGAAGAACGGCGAUGGGGUAAAACAAUGUGCAACGGGUUGCGCUGAGCAUAAAAGCACUAUUUCUGCAGGAGGAAACGGCGCGCGCUCAAGUCAAGCAAAAAGCUCGGGUUGGUUUGGGCGCGCCUACUGACGAGGGGUUGAGAAUGAUAGGAUCUUCGUGUGAGCUUCACUUUUGAGCUGUUAUUUCAAUGAGCUUAAUAUUUCAGAGACUACAGAACGCAGAUCUUCGUACUUCCUUGAACUUAUUUUUCGUACAAUUGAUUCUCAAUAAGAUCGUUUUCAAUGGUUCUGAAGGAGUUCUCUCGAGGGCUGUUCGCCGCACUGGAUCUAUGUACACUUGAAGUGUUUGAUUGAGAUCGAGUA